GAAAAAGAUUUACAUAGUGGGGACAGACAGACAUGCACGCCGGCCAGCGGCGGCCACUACACCCACCUCCUCCCCCUCUCCUCUCCUCUCCUCUCCUUUCCUCCUCCCGUCCCGUCUGAACUCUCUCUCUCUCUCUCUCGCUCCCUCCCCUAAUAUUAUUCUCUCUCUCUCUCUCUCUCUCUCUCUACGUAAUGUGAAAUCUCACGAACCUUCUGCGCAUCAUUGUCAUCAUCAUCAUCAUCUCCCGCGAACCGAUUUCCAUGUGCUUGAGCCCUGACAAUUCAUCCCGCCGGACUCGCGCCAUCUCCGUCAAGUAGAUAGAUUUUACGGCAAGCAAGACCGAAUCUCCGGACCCCUUGUUGAGGUUUCGCUUCUCAUCAAAGAUACUAACCCGGAUCUCGUUUUGAUACGGGUCUUGAGCUCUGCUGGUAAUGGCUUCAGUGGAGCUCUAUUCUGCCUCGCUGUCAUCAAUUGGUGAAACUUUCUGUGGAUAUAUCGAUGUGCAAAUUGACGAUGACUAUUCAGCAGAUAUAUCGAUCCUGGAAAGUACAGCGCCUUGCUCAUCACACCGUUGUUAUAUCCCUAAGCCACCUCCUCUCCCUAGCAAAGCCUAUAAGAAUACUCGCUGUCUCAAAUUUCGAAACUUUACCUCUGUCCCGCGCGAAACAAAGCAUGCGUGGGACAGGCUCUUCAAGGAAGGACAUGGUGCUGAUGUGUGUAUUGUAACGGAGGACAACUCCUGUAUUCUCUCUCAUUAUACUGUUCUGAGCGUAGCAUCACCAGUGCUUGGCACCUUUUUGCUGCAAGCAAAAGUUAAAAAUGGCAUGAAGUACAUCAAGAUUCCAAGGAUGCCCUAUGGAGCUGUUCAUGCGUUUGUUCGUUUUCUUUACUCAUCCUGCUACGACGAAGAAACAAUUAAGAAGUUUGUUCUCCAUUUGCUCGUACUAUCACACUGCUAUUCAGUUCCAUCAUUGAAAAGACUCUGUACUUCCUGCCUGGAAGAUGGCUCGCUUACUGAAGAAAAUGUCACAGAUGUGCUUCAGUUGGCAAUGGAUUGUGAUGCACCACGGCUCACCUUCUUCUGUAUCCGUAUGAUUUUGAAAGACUUUAAGAGCAUCUCUGCAACCGAAGGUUGGAAGGUAAUGAGGCGAGCAAAUCCCAAUCUUGAGCAAGAGCUUCUAGAGGUCGUUGUUGAGACAGAUUCAAGGAAAGAAGAGAGGUCGAGGAAAAUGGAAGAGAGGAAGGUGUAUGUGCAACUUUAUGAGGCAAUGGAAGCCCUCCUCCAUAUAUGCAAGGAUGGCUGUCGUACAAUUGGACCACGUGACCAAGUGCUUAGAGGAUCUCAGGCCACCUGCGGAUUCCCUGCUUGCAAAGGGCUUGAGUCUUUAGUCCGUCACUUCUCCAAUUGCAAGGUUAGGGUUCCUGGUGGAUGUGUUCACUGCAAGAGAAUGUGGCAGCUCCUUGAACUGCAUUCACGUAUGUGUGGCCAGCCCGAUAAGUGCAAAGUCCCCCUUUGCAGGCAUUUUAAGCUGAAAAUGAUGGAGCACAGCAAGAAAGACGAGGCUAGGUGGAGAAUGUUGGUUAGCAAAGUGAUGGCAGUGAAGAUCUCGUUGGGUCCAUUCACAUCCAAAUACUCGGACCGACCGGAGGUUCUCUGAGCAGUAGUUUCAUGUCAAGGAGAAGUACAGAUGAUGGAGCAAAUGGACAGUCACAGUUUCAUCAUCAUUCUCUAAAUCCAGGAAACUGUGCACAGCAAGAGGAUCAAACUGACUACAAACUGAAGUAAAAGUCGACGGCAUAUGCUUGAAGAACAUAAAAAGAUCUCAUUCUCACAAAUUGGUUAACAGAGUCGGAGCAUUCACAAAAUGUGUUCCAAAUUCGUAAAAGCUAUGAUUACAGUCUUGGCAACAUCUGCCAUAUGCUAUGCUCCAUCUGCAAGAGUCCUCUUUGAAGUGCUAAUGUACAGCACUGCAUCGUAUUAUAGAUAAAAUUUCCAGUCAGUAACAUAUCGUGCGCACAAGAAGGAAGUUCUACCACCAUCCGUUUGAAUAUGAAGUUCUACUGUUCAAAGACAAUGUAAUUUUCAAAAUCAUUACCGUUGUUCCCCCGGA